GUCUUUAAAACCGACGUGAAGAGGCGCGAUCAGUGUGCUUCUGUCCACUGAGGAUUGUAGGCGCUCUGUUGCCGGAUGCUCGGACCGUGCUGUCAAACUUUGAUUCUGUGUUUACUGCCCGUGGCUCGUCCUCUUUCUGCGAGGAGUCAUGGGCCACUGACAUUGAGUGGCUGGGCUGGAUAAGCUUCCAACAGGCUUUAAUGAUGAACUAUAUUAGUAUUUUGACUCUCUCUCCCAUCGACAAUGUGGGGAACUAGAUAAGAAUCGUCGGAUUUUGUGACAACAUGUUCUCCAGAAAUCGCUUCAAUGGGCAACACGGAGCAGGCGUUCCCCCUAAAGGAGGCGCAAAGUCAAAAGUUCACUCACCCAAAAAGCGAGCUCCGAACCCAAGGGUAGCACUAGUUAUUCGGGGUAAAAUACACCGUCUAUUGCAGGGGUCUGCAGACCACCAUCUCCCUGAUUCCCAUCAUUAUUAUGCAGGUAUUGAGGAGGAAGAAGACAGUGAAACACAUGAGGGUAGAAAGGAGCACAGAAGUGUAUAUCCAAAGGUAAACCCAGGAGAUGAAGCCUACUGUCCAAAAGUUUCAAACAGCAAAGGACAUGUAGGAGUACCAGGGCCACCAUAUGUGGGAGAGGUGGAGUUGAACCGUGAAGGUUGUAUAAGAAUACCCUGCACUUUGCAACAUAAAAGAUCCCCAGCAAGUCUGAAACGAAUCUCCUUUGAGAGUGGUCUUCGGGAAUCUCCUGAGCAGCAGCGGCGACCGCACUCUACACACUACAGUCCGAUUGGCCCAGACAUGAAUUGCAGCAAAUAUGCAUCACCAGCCAGAAGGGAUUUUGCUUCACCCCGUAUUCGGCCAAAGAGACCAUAUUCAGCUGGUGACUAUGUGGACUACAACUUUAACAGAGCGCUCCCAGGUACACUGCUGGAAGAGGACGAAGAUAAAGAGGAGGAGUCAAGUGCCAUCAUCGAGCACAUUCUAAAGGAAUUAAGAGGAAUCAACAAGAUACAGGAGGAAAUCUCCGACCUCAGGGAUUACCUGACCUCAGUUCGAGGGUCAGUUGAGGAGGUAUCAUCCUGUGUAGAUGCUGUACUGUUGGAGAUUGAAGGCAUUCGUUCUAGCAACAAGACAGGAUCAGGGGUACACGCCGGGACUUGGUCCGGGGCAGGGUGCAAAGAUGGACCAUCCUCCCGUAGGAGACCUGCCAGUGCUUAUGGCAGUUUAGGAAGUGCAAUGCCAAGGUCGGAUUCAAAUCGUUUCCCUCCAGUACGCAGUGAACGCCAUAGCAUACAUGGAGAAUUAUCACUGCCAAGGACAGAGGAUUCAACUGUGUCACCAAUUGCUGAAUCAGUGGAUCAUCAGGAACUGGAGGAACCAGAUGAUGCCUCUGACCACAGCUCGGACAUCCCAGUAGGGGCAAUAGCGAGAAAACUCAGCUUUGGCUACCUUGAAAGGCAAGAUGGCCAAGACUGUCAAAGCAUAAGCUCUUUGUCUUCUGGUCAUAGUUCCAAGUCCGAGUCAGAUCUAGAGAGACUGUCAUCUAGUCAUGGACGAAAGCAGCAAAGAUCUGAUGAUGUGGAGGAACACUGGACUAACACUGUACCACCGCACAGUGUCUCCAGGGAAUCUGUUUGGCAUAGGGAAAGUGCUUACCACAGAGACAGAGGCCCAGGGGAGCAUGAAGCCAAGGGCUCUAUUUGCUGUGAAGGAGCUGGCAGUUGGGACUGUUUCAGAGGUGCAGGAGGAUAUGGUGCAUCAGGUCAGUGUUCCACAGCAAGCUCAGAACAUCUGUCCAUUCCCUCUGGAAAGCAUUACAACUCACCCGCCAGCACCUCUAGCAGGGACACAUGGUCGUCAAGGAGGAGGCGACCUCAAAGCCUGUCUGGGAUUCAUGUUCCAACAGAUAUCAACCUUGAAGACUCCACUGUAGGAUUAGAGUGCGCUGGUGAUUAUUCCUAUCCUCAGAGUUCUGGUUACCAUUCAGUUGAUGGGCAUGAUGGAGAAGCAGAGGAAUUUGACUACGGACAGUCAAAUGAGCUGAGCUAUAUGACACAAGAUGAAACAUAUUUAACAUACGAAGACUCCUCAGCAGUCACAUGGACUGAGGCAUCCUUAGGUACCACUGUAGGACUUAUGGAUAGGUCAGUCAUCCAAAAGACUGAAGGCAAUGACCAAAGUUUAGAAAGCGGUCUCCCUUACUCUGGCAGUGCAGAUGUCCAGGCUGGUGGUUUCACUGUCAAACGGAUAGGACGAGCUGUACUUGACUUUAGGUCUGCCCUGCGGGGAGCGUUGCGCAAACUUGAAGUACCUGGAGCCGUUAAUCCUGGAGAAGAAACAGACUUUGAAAUAUCAGUAGCUUCCGAGCUGCCUACAACUGAGCUGCCUUCAACAUCUUUAUGCUAUGAGGCACAAUUUGAACAGAAAUCUGAAGAAACGCAGAGGGGUGACGUGGUUGAUAGAGGUGAUACUUUUAGGGAAGUCAGUAAUAACACAACCCUAAAUAAAUCAGAUAAUUUCCCUGUGGAAUAUGAAAAAGCCAACAACAGCCUUACGUUAGAAUCUGCAGACACUUGUUCAGACAAAAUUCCCCAAUGCUCAGAAGAAAUCCCAAUCUGCCCUGACCCAAGUAGCGCCGCAAUACUUUCUCAGCCCGAAGGCCUUACAGAACAUCCUGAAGAAAGCCAAGCUGACGGUCCUAUAGAAUGUCCUGCAGAUGUUAACCUUAAAGCUCAGCUUUCACAGUGCACCACUGCAGAAUCCUUGUCAGUCUCCGUCUCGGCCGAUGCACUGGAGGAACAGGGACAGAUUGAGUUGCCACUUCUGCAGCAGCCUGCCGCAGACACUGCUGUCGGACCAAAGGGCGAAGCAGAAGGAGAUGCAGCACAGCUACCCAUAGAGAUAAGUCAGAUGGAUGAACGCAGGCUAAAGUGUCUCAGGAGCUUCCAGCAGAUUCUGCGAGAGAAGAGGGAGACCAGGCGUAACCUUGCCAGUAUGACCAUGUCCAGCUUCUCUCAGGAGGAGUUUGAACCAGAUGGAAGUCAAGAUGGAGAUCAGAGUCGAGAUCAAGAUGGUGACCCCAGCAAGCACCCGUGGGCCAAGCCAGGUGGAAACGCACCAUUUGGAAUUGACAGCAUGCCAGACCUCCGCAAGAGGAGGCCCAUCCCCCUUGUUAGUGAACUGGCUAUGACUAUGAUACAGUCCAGGAAAGCUGGACUCGCCCACACACUGGCCACACGGACCUCCCUGAAAGACGAAGAGCUCAAAAACCAUGUAUACAAGAAGACUCUGCAGGCUCUGAUCUACCCUAUCUCCUGCACCACGCCGCACAAUUUUGAGGUGUGGACGGCCACCACGCCCACCUACUGCUACGAGUGUGAGGGUCUGCUGUGGGGCAUCGCUCGGCAGGGUAUGCGCUGUGCAGAGUGCGGGGUCAAAGUGCACGAGAAAUGUCAAGAACUGCUGAACGCCGACUGUCUGCAGAGAGCUGCCGAGAAGAGCUCAAAGACCGGAGCAGAGGACCGGACGCAGCACAUUAUAAUGGCCAUGAAGGACAGGAUGAAGAUCCGCGAGAGGAACAAGCCAGAGAUCUUUGAGGAGAUCCGGAAAGUGUUCAACGUCUCCAAGAUGAUCCACAGCCAGCACAUGAAGAGCAUCAAGCAGAGUGUCCUGGACGGCACCUCCAAAUGGUCAGCCAAGAUCACCAUCAACGUGGUGAGCGCGCAGGGUCUCCAGGCUAAAGACAGGACGGGCUCCAGUGAUCCGUACGUCACCAUCCAAGUCGGCAAAACCAAGAAGAGAACAAAGACCAUCUACGGCAACCUAAACCCAGUCUGGGAGGAAAAGUUCAGCUUCGAGUGCCACAACUCGUCCGACCGCAUCAAGCUGCGGGUUUGGGACGAGGACGACGACAUCAAGUCGAGGGUGAAGCAGCGACUGAAGAGAGAGUCAGACGACUUCCUGGGUCAGAGCAUCAUUGAGGUCCGCACCCUGAGCGGAGAGAUGGACGUUUGGUACAAUCUGGAAAAGAGAACAGACAAGUCGGCAGUGUCUGGAGCCAUACGUCUUCAGAUCAGUGUGGAGAUCGAGGGAGAGGAGAAGGUGGCACCUUAUCACGUUCAGUACACGUGCCUUCACGAGAACAUGUUUCACUACUCGACGGACAUAGAGGGAGGCGGCGUCGUGAAGAUCCCGAUGGCUCAGGGAGACGACGCGUGGAAGGUUUACUACGAUGAAGUGCAGCAGGACAUCGUGGACGAGUUUGCUAUGCGCUACGGCAUCGAGUCCAUCUACCAGGCCAUGACUCAUUUCUCUUGCCUGUCCUCUAAGUACAUGCUGUCAGGGGUGCCUGCCGUGAUGAGCACCCUGCUAGCCAACAUCAAUGCCUUUUACGCCCACCCCACCGCCUCCACCAACGUCUCUGCUCCAGCCAGAUUUGCAGCUUCCAACUUUGGGAGAGAUCGUUUUGUGAAGCUCCUGGAUCAGCUGCACAACUCCCUGCGUAUUGACCUCUCCAUGUACAGAAACAACUUCCCAGCCAGCAACAAGGCUCGUCUCAGUGACCUCAAGUCCACAGUGGAUCUUCUCACCAGCAUCACUUUCUUCAGGAUGAAGGUCUUGGAGCUUCCCAGUCCUCCCAGGGCGGCCAACGUGGUGCGCGAUUGUGUCAAGGCCUGUCUGAACUCCACCUAUGAGUACAUCUUCAACAACUGUCUGGAGCUCUUCAACCACCAGUUCCAACCUGCCGUCAAACCGCCGGAGCCAGAGAAGAAAAAGAGGAAGAAGAAGAAGGAGAAGCCAGAGGGAGAGGCGGAAGAUGAUGAAGGAGAAGAAGACGAGGAGGACGAGGAAGAGGAGGAGGAAGAAGAAGAGGAGAAAAAGGAGAGCCAGCCGGAGGAGCAGGGCCCAAGCAUCCAGAACUUGGACUUCUGGCCUAAACUCAUAACGCUGAUCGUGUCGAUCAUUGAGGAAGACAAGAACUCAUACACGUCCAUCAUUAACCAGUUUCCCCAGGAACUCGAUGUGGGUAAAGUCAGCGCCGAGGUCAUGUGGAUGCUCUUCGCCCAGGACAUGAAGUAUGCCCUGGAGGUUUUGGAUAAAAUUGACCACUACCGCUGGAACAACGCUCCCACCACAUUUCGCAUCCGCAGAGUUGAUUUCUUCGCUGAGCAUGAGAAGCAUAAGCUCUGUAAGACGGCCGACUACAUGAACCUGCACUUCAAGGUCAAGUGGCUUUACAACGAGUACGUUAAAGACCUGCCCGUCUUCAAAGACGCUGUGCCGGAGUACCCAGCAUGGUUUCUCCAGUUCGUCCUGGCCUGGCUGGCUGAGAACGAGGAGGUGUCGAUGGAGUUCAUGCACGGAGCGCUGGAGAGAGACAAGAGGGAAGGGUUCCAGCAGACGUCUGAGCACGCUCUGUUCUCCAGCUCAGUGGUGGACAUCUUCACACAGCUCAACCAGAGCUUUGAGAUCAUCAAGAAACUGGACUGCCCCGACCCGGCCGUGGUGGCCCACUACAACCGGCGCUUCGCCAAGACGAUCACCAAAGUGCUGCUGCAGUACUGUGCCCUGCUGUCCAAGAGCUUCCCCUCCUACUGCGAGAAGGAGAAGAUACCCUGUGUGCUGAUGAACAACAUCCAGCAGAUGAGAGUCCUUUUGGAGAAGAUGUUUGAGUCGAUGGGAGCGAAACAGCUGGAUACAGAGGCGGCUGACAUCCUCAACGAGCUGCAGGUGAAGCUGAGCACCGUCCUGGACAACUUCAGCACCAUGUUUGCCAAGAGCUUCCAGACUCGUAUCACCGGCUGCAUGCGUCAGAUGGCGGAGAUCCUCUACCAGAUGAAAGGCCCCCCCAACCGCAACACCGCUGAGGCGGACGCUGACGCCAUGCUGAGGCCCCUCAUGGAGUUCCUGGAUGGAAAUCUCAGUAUCUUCGCUGACGUCUGUGAGAAGACAGUGCUGAAGAGGAUCUUGAAGGAUUUGUGGAAGAUUGUCCUGAGCAGCCUGGAGAAGACCAUAGUCCUGCCUCAGAGCAACGACAGCCUGGGAGCUCAACUCCUCACAGCAGCGAAGGGGCUCUCUAAUCUCAAGGGAGGAGGAGGAGGAGAGGCUAAAACCCUGACGCCCAAACAGUGCGUAAUAAUCGACGCAGGUCUGGAGACCAUCAAGCAAUACUUCCACGCCGGAGGAAACGGGCUGAAGAAGGCCUUUGUGGAGAAAAGCCCCGAGCUGGCUUCUCUGCGUUACGCCCUCUCCCUCUACUCCCAGAGCACAGACGCUCUCAUCAAGACCUUCGUCACCACACAACACUCCCAAGUGCACGACGGCAUGGGCAUCAGAAUCACGGGCAACGAGAAGAUAAGGCCUGAUAGGGGUUCGGGGAUAGAGAAGCCGAUCGGAGAGGCCAUGCUGCAGAUCGACAUGCUGCUCGGGAAAGAGCGCAAGGUCAACGUCAGAGUGAUCGCGGUGAACGACAUGAAGUGGCAGACGUCGGGGAUGUUCCGGCCGUUCGUCGACGUCUGCAUGGUCGGCCCCUUCAUGGCCGACAAGAAGCGCAAGUUCACCACUAAAUCCAAGAACAACUGCUGGACGGCGAAGUUCAACGAGGCCUUCCAGUUCGUCCUGGGUAAGGAGUCCCCCGACUGCUACGAGCUGCAGGUGACUGUGAAGGACUACUGCUUCGGCCGGGCCGACCGGGUGGUCGGCGUGGCCGUGGUGCAGCUGCGCGACGUGGCCGACCGCAAGAGCUGCGUGUGCUGGUGCCCCCUCGGGCCGCGCAUCCACACCGACGAGACGGGCAUGACCGUGAUGCGUAUCCUGUCCCAGAGGCCGGCCGACGAGGUGGCCAAAGAGUUUGUCAGGCUGAAAUCUGAAACCCGGCCCGUGGAGGAGGGAAGAUGAGCAGAUGGAGAUCCAACUCAGGAUCAGAUAUUUGUGAAACGUUAAAAAUAAAAUAAAUAAAUAAAUAAAAAUGACGAGGGACAGGGUCACCGCUAGAGGCAGGGCUGCCCUCCUCAGUAAACACAGACCCUUUGGAUGAUAUCCAAUAUGAGAAAGAAGGACACAAUAAACAGAACUAUAGAUGUGAUAAUUAACGAAAUGAAUUGAGAAAGAAGCAGCAUAUAGGGUUAAAUCUCAAACUCAGAGGUCAGAAUAGUUUUAAAUAAACUCUUCUUGAGUCUGAAACCUAAACAGUGAGUAGUUUAUCAUCUGUAGUUAAUGAAAUCUGGAUCAAAUCCAUCAGAUCUCCAGAAAAGAGCGGAUUCCGAGUCUUUCUCGCUACGUCGCAGCCUGAAAAGAUGGCGUCAGUUUUAAAACUGAACGAACACGAGUAACUGUGAGGCUCGAUCAGGACGUCAUCCCGCUUUCCUCCACUGUUCGAGCAUCCGAGGCCUUUAAACGUCAAGAUUCAUCAUCAUUCAAAGGGACAAACGUUGUAUUUAGCAUGAGUUGUCGCAGAAAGCUCGAUUCAAGGCGGUAACCAAAGAAGACUGAUCCAAAACCACAGGCCGGGGGUUUAGUGCUGAACGGUUAUUCCCCUGCUUGUCUUUACAUGGGUUGCUUUUUUUUUUUUUUUUUUCGUUCAAGAAAGAGGUGGUCACGACCCAGAAGCUGGAGCGAGUGUUACAAAAACAAGAAUAAAAUACUGUGAGGCAGCAGGAAAUUCUGAUGCUGUGAACCAAGUGUGUGUGUGUGUGUGUGUGUGUGUGUGUGUGUGUGUGCAUAUUAACCUUAAAUACCCGGUGAGAUUUUUCCCACAAUAAAUAUAUCCUUGAAAAGAAGGAAUAGAUGUUGAGAUAGUAUUUUGUAGCAAGUUCUUCUAAAUAUAGCCUUAAAAUGAGCCGGCUGUAACAAAGCGAUCUUUGUGGGAUUCAAACAGAUGUGAAAGCUGACUUGUAAUGUCCGCCAGAGCAAAAGUUUAUUGGGUACCUGAUAGACCACUGGACUGUGGCCUCUCUGUCUUGAAAUUACGAAGAACUGUCGACCUGCCAUUAGCCGGCAGCCAGCUUUUCUUGGGGUUAAGUAGCGAAGAGCUGAAAGAAACCUCUUAGAAUUUAUUUCAGUUUUCACAGAUCGGAUUGAGAUCGAGAACAAAUGCCUUGCCAUGCAUGCACAGCCACACCCCAGUCUUAUAUCUCAGACUAUUUGAUUGGGGGUUUUGCAUUAGCUAAAGACUGAUGGAAAAUAACCCAAACAAGCAGGUUUGACUUCAGUCUGAACGGAUUUGAAUCCUGCGUGUUUACCAUGUGCCAAGGAACGCAAGUGUUCAGCGAGCCACGUUCAAAUCGACCUCUCUCUGCGUGCGGCGUUUUGAUUUGUUUGCAGACAGAUGUCGCCCCACUUGCCGCUGCAAAACCAGACGCACGGUAGUCUUUGGUUCUGCUCCGUUAAAGCCGAACAAACGGGCCUGAUGAAUGCAUGAAGUGGGAUCUAAUAAUACUGAGGCUUCAUCUGUGCUGCCGUGACAACUGAACUCUUGCACUCUGUUCAAAACUAACUGUAAGUUUGUAAAAAAAAAAGAAAAAGAAGAAAUGAAAUGAGCAUGUAUUUAUUGUACA